AUGCCAGCAUUGUGGAAUGUCAAGGAAUGGGGGGAGAGAGAGGAUAAAGAGGAAAUCAUGGCGAUAAUUGAGAGGGAAGAAAGAGAGAAGCAAAAAGAGAUAGACAUGCAGGAAAGAGAAUAUUGCAUUCUCCAAGAGCAUAGAGAAGAAGAGGAAUUGUCAGAGGAUGAAGUGGAGCUGGACAUCAGAAGGCAAAAACAGAUGAAAGAGAGCCAAUCACUAUGGAAGGAAACAGAGGGAUGCUACUGGAGGAGCCCAUUGUGUCUCCCAGUUGGCAUUGAAGUUGACAAAGGGAGAAGGGGAGCAAAAAAGAUGUUGGAAUACAAUGUCAAUGAAACAAUUAUUCACAUAUUCUGA